AUGGUAUUUUUACUCGCUUUCACACUAGGAGGUAGUAAUUUAUGGGUUAAUUUAGCUUAACAAUAUAUUUCAUUGGGUAGUAAUCUAAAAUUGCAUAGUUUAAGUGAAUUGCAUAAUUUAAAGACUACCUAAUUAGAAUGCGGUCAAAUAUUGAGAGAAGUGAGCACUUCGAUUGAUGUAUGGUUAGAAAUCCUAGAGAAAUAAGAUUAACUCAACAUGGAUUCAAAUAAUCUUUAGAAAUUAAAGCUAUCAUUAUAAAUUUUUCGUGAAAAUGGUUAUAAUGAUGUAGAGCCUGGUAAUAGAUAUGUUUAUAGUUCAAGUAUUAUCGCAAUUCAGAAAUAUAUUCACAAAAAUUAUGGGUCAAAUAAGUGCACAAAAUUUAAGAAACACACCAUUUUAAAGAUGGAGAAAGGAUAGUGUGAUGGAAUUAUAAGGAGUAGUAAGUACAUUAAAUACUGUCGGGAAUAAAAAAGACUUAGAAUUAUCGAGUGAUAAAAUAGAAGAAUUAAUAAAUAGUUUAAUGUAAGAGAGGGAAUAAAUUAGAAAUUAAUGUUAGAAAGGUUCAUAAGUAACAUUAUUAAUUUAAAUUAGAAUACAAUCAAGAUUAUUGCUAAUAAAGUCAAAUAAAUUACUAAUGAAUGUUCUGAUAGUUUACAAAUCAUUGCUAGAAUUAAGCCAAAUGAUGAUGAAGGACAAGUAGUAAUUACUGGAAAACCUGAUGGUCAAUAAUAAGUAAAGGGUGAAAUUAAAUAACCUAUUCAUCCCACAUAACCAAUUAAACUUCAACCAGCUUAUAGAGUUCUACAAGCUUCAACAGAUGAGGGGGAUGGUGAAGAUUUUUUAAACUAAUUGUAACUAUCUGAAUUUACUAAUCAAACUCCUGUUUAUUAAAAAGAAAGAAAUAAACCAGAACCAUUCACUGAAUAUGGUUAUGGAUAUUGGGCUAAAUUUUAAUUAGCAUAUCCUUAAUUCUUACCAAGUGGAAAAAAUGAGAUCUGGUAUUUUGUUUCCAGAUUGAGCGCAAAUUAGAAUGAUUAAGAUAUCACUAUGGGAGAUAGGUUGCUAGCUAUUUGGUUGGGUAAAGGAUAUUAUCUUUUUACAACUUGUGAUUAACCAAGUGAUGAACCAAAUAAUCAUCAAAUUGUUAAUUAUCCUGAAGAUUUUGAUGGAAUUUGGACUUAUAUUUACUAUUCAUACAGUGUUGAAAAAAAGAAGGCUGUUGCUUUUAUCAAAUUUGGAAGUGGUGAUCUUAUAAAGGUUAUUCAUUAAGUUUCGAAUCCAUCAACAAAUUGGGUCAGAUUCACUAUUAGUGGAAAAGAUUAAAAUAGAUAUCCUGGGUUUAAUGGUUCAUUCUAAUAAAUCUAUUUCAGUACUAACCAGGGUGUUUUUCUUGACUCUGAGAAUUGUGAUAUUAGUAAGUUGUAAGAAAAUACAUAACCAAAUGAUUUCUUGCUUGAAUCAAUCACUUAUACACUGGUCUCUAAUCUAUAAUAAAGGAAUGCUGAUACUGUAGAAGUUUUUUCUAUUGUUGGAACAUCUGAUAAUCCCUAAUACCCACAUGAAUACACAUUCAGUGGUUGGUUCAAAUGGGAAGUACCAGAAUAAUAAUAAGAAUGGCAUAAGAUUUUCAGAGUUCAAAUUAAAGAGCCAUCAACUGAUGGAUAAUUGGGAUAUAGAACAUUAGCUGCUUGGGUUGGAGAGGGAGAUGGAGGUAUCAUUCAUUUGGCAACUUAUACAUAUACUAAUUUGGAAGGUGGUGGAAAUCCAAAUGUUGUUUAAAAUAUCCAACACUAAAAUAGACAUACUGAAUGGUUCUUUAUAUCAUUUGGAUAUUCAAGACCUUAGAAGAAAGCGGUUGCUUCAAUUCAAUGGAAAGAAUCUACUGAUAAAAAAGAAUAUAAUAAUAUUAGACACUUCCAUGUACCUAAGUUCUUCAUAUAUGUAGGUAAAGACAAGAUGUACCCAGGAUUCAAUGGUAAAAUUGCAUUAGCCUCUUUCAUUAUUGGAGGUCUUUAAAUGGUAAAAAUUGUGGAUUUUUAGCCCUUCAUUCCUGGAUGCUCAAAUUUUAUAAAUGGCUUAUGUUUUAAUUGUUUUGAGGGAUGGAAUUAUUUAGAUCUAAUUAAUUAGUGUGUACCAAUUUGUGGAGAUAAAAUAAUUAAGGGAAAUGAAGAAUGUGAUGAUGGAAACAUAAUACCAUUUGAUGGUUGCUUUAAUUGUAAAUUCCAGUGUGCUAAAAAUUGUCAAAUAUGCCGAUUUGGGAAAUGUAUUUAAUGUUUAAUUGGUUACAAGCUGAAAUCUUAAUAUUGUUAUCCUAUUUGUGGAGAUAAUUUGACAUUAGAUAGUGAAUAAUGUGAUGAUGGUAAUAAUGAAAAAUUUGAUGGUUGUUAUAAAUGUGAGUAUAGUUGCCAAAUAGAAUGUUAAUUAUGUGUUAAUUAAUAAUGCUUUUAAUGUUUAGAAGGAUGGUAAUUAAUUAGUAAUAAGUGUGAAUAAGUUUGUAAUGACAAUAUGUUAGCAAUAUUAUCUAUUGAAUAAUGUGAUAACGAUGAUGAUAUGUAUUGUAAUGGUUGCAUAUCAUUAUGCUAAGAUAAUUGUUUAUCAUGUCUUGAAUAUAAUGAAUGCUAAUUUUGCAGAAAUCCAUUUUAAUUGGUGAACGGAGUCUGUACAUCUAUCUGUGGAGAUUCAAUUGUAACAGUUGGAUUUGAAUAAUGUGAUGAUGGAAAUGAUAUUAAAUAUGAUGGUUGUUACUAAUGUUAAUUAUAAUGUUCAUUUGGUUGUAUUUAAUGUUAGAAUAAUAACAUUUGUACAUAAUGUGAUCCUAAAUUUACUGAAUUAAAUAUUAGUACUAUGAAAUGCGAAUAAAUAAAAGUUGAAAUAGAAAUUAAUGAAGAGAUUUUAGAGGAUAAUGAUAACUAAUGUGGAAAUGGUCUACUUAAUAGUCUUUAUGAAGAUUGUGAUGAUGGUAAUAUUGCAGGAGGAGAUGGAUGUUCUGCAUAUUGUAACAUUGAAGAAUCAUUUAUUUGUGAGAAUGUAGAAGGCUCAAUAAGUAUAUGCACUUAUCUAGAAGCUCCAAAGUUUAAAUUAAAAUCACUCUCUGAUAAAAAAAGUUAAUCAUAAAUUUUAGAACUAAGCUUCUCUCAAAAAGUAAAAUUGAGUACUGACAUUGCUUUUGAGAAUAUUACUAUUUUCACUGUUUUACCAACUAUAAGAUAUGACAUUAAUAUAAUACCAUUGGUCAAAUGUUCAACAGAAUUUAACUAAUCUAAAUAUUAAAUAUCUAUAUUUUUUAGAGAUCCUGUCAAAAACCCUGUUCUUAAAGUUGAAAUUGAGAAAUCCAUGAUUAUUAAUGAAUUGAAUUAAUAUUUGAUGGAUAAUACAUUAGAAAUCAAUUUAGGAAAUCCUUUUGUGAUAUCUGAAGCAACCUAAUAAACAGUCACUAAAAUUGUAUCAAUGAAUGAUGCUAUGAUUUAUUCGAUGAUAUCAAUUUCAGGAUUAGUUUUGUUGACUGGAAACACAAUAAUGUUUUUGAAUUUGUUAGAUUUGUUGCAAUCAUUAUCAUAUCUUAGAUAUAUGCAAUACUAAUUCCCUUAACAUUUGAAAUAAUUCUUGGACACUUAUACUAAAAUAUCACUAUAACCAAUUUUAGAUUUUCUAUAAAUUGAUCUUAUUUUAUAAAAACUAAAUGGUGGUACAUUACCUUUUAAAAAAAAAGAAGUAUAAAUUUAGUUGAAUACAUAUUUUUUAAUGAAUUCCAAAAGUUGUUAUUUUUCUAUUUUGUUAUCUCUUUUUUCAUACUGUGUCUUUUGUUUGAUCACUAGUUCAAAAAUGCUCUAUUGGCUGUAGUGUUUAGAAUAGCGAUUUUGGGAAAAUAGUAAAUACUUAAGAUUUUAGAGCUUUAUUUAAUAGAAAAUUAUUAGAAAAUGCCUUCGAUUGAAAAUUAAGUAUUUAUCGUUUGGGAUAUUUCAAAUGUAUUAUUCAAUUCUUCAUUAAUUGAUAUUUAGUGCUCUUCUAUAGUUUCCAAAUUACACAUUUGAUUCAGCAUUUAAUAUCUUUAAUAGUAUCAAUGCAAUUAUUGCGCUUUUAUUUAUAUUGUUCUCAACCAUAAAAUUGUUUUCAAUAACUACCAAUAACAUUAAAGAUGUAAGAAAAUGGAAAUAUUUCUUUAAUGAAAAGAUUAAUGGAUUUUGGACAAAAAAUUAUAAAUCAUUUUAAAUUUGCAGAGUGAUAUUUUAUAUUUUUAAUAUUGUAGCUUUUAUUGAUUAUCCGGAAUUAUAAUCAAUAUUACUCUCCAUGUCAUCAGCAAUCUAUUUGAUUUAUUUAAUUUAGAAUAAUCCUUUGAGAUCUUAAUAUGAUUUCAUUAAACUAAUUUUUAAGGAAACAUUCCUAUUGAUUAUUACUGGAUCUUUUCUUAUAUAUAGUUUCAACCUAAGCAAUGAAUUACUCUUAUUAUGUGGAUGGAUACAUAUUGCUUUAUUUUCUACAAUGCUAGCUUCUAGUUUAGUAAUAGACAUGAUAAAUCACUUAAUCAAUGCUUAUAAUCACUAUUAAAAUCUAAAAUAUUAAAAUGAAAUAAAAAAAAUAUAAGAGUACUUUCACAAUCGUUUACAGAGAUUUAUUUUGAAUGAUCCCGAAAAUCUAUUUGUCUAAAAUAAUAAAUUGAAAAAAUGA